AUGGAGGUCGUGACCGGGGCAAUGAGCACCCUCCUGCCCAUGCUCGGCGACCUGCUCAAGGAGGAGUACAACCUGCAGAAGAGAACCAGGGGUGAGAUCAAGUUCCUUAAAGCCGAGCUGGAGAGCAUGGAAGCUGCCCUCAUUAAAGUUUCCGAGGCACCCGUGGAUCAGCCACCCGACAUCCAGGUCAAACUCUGGGCAAGGGAUGUCCGGGAUCUGUCCUAUGAAAUUGAAGACAACGUUGACAAAUUCCGGGUGCAUCUUGAUUGUCGGGAACAAAAGAAACCUCGUAGCUUCAUGGGUUUCAUCCACAAAACCAUGGACAUGCUGACAAGGGGCAAGAUCCGACACAAGAUAGGCAUUGAUAUCAAAGUCAUCAAGAGACGCAUCAAGGAGGUCAGUGAGAGGUGGGAAAGGUAUAAAGUUGACAGUGUUAUGCCCAAGCCCACUGGCACAAGUACUGAUACCCUUCGCCAGUUAGCCCUGUUCAAAAAAGUGACGGAGCUUAUUGGCACCGAAGAGAAGAGCCUUGACAUAGUCAGAAUGCUCACAGAGGGAGAUGGGAUAAUCAAGAAAUAG